UUUCAGUGUCUCCUUCCACUUCCGUUUCGCUAACCCCAUUCGAUGGAAGCGCUAUGAAAGUACGAUACGAUGCUGCUCAAACAUUCUCGACCAAUGGCGUUUCCGCGCAAGGCAGUCUAGGAUCGACGCGUUACGGUAGUCGUAAUAAUAUUUCGGAUAGUUCGUGCCCCAUAUUUACGCCAUUAUGGAUUCGUUAGCAAAUUACGCCAGUGACGGGGAUAAUAGUAAUAAUUCGGACGAUCCGAAGAUGCUGUACGAAACGCACAGUGAUGCCAGCAAAAGAGCCAGUGACGCUAAUUACGACCCGGUACAAAUGGACAUGAGUGAGGAAAGUAACAACAAUAAUUCAUCCAGGGAAUCCAGUAGCGAACGCGCAAAUAGUCCAGUCACGCAGUCAAAGACAGACUCAUCCCGAACAUUACCUUCCCCCUCAGACCAGAGGCGAUCUGAUCAUGAGAAUCAUUCAGCGAAUUCAAAAGAAGAGCACAAACGCGGAGAUCGGUCCGACCGUAAUAGACACAUGAGUGACAAAGGACGCCGAUCAUCUUACGAUGAUAGAAAGCAACGAGAGAGUAGUCACAGGGAUAGUCGAGACACAAAGAGGAGUCGCGACGACGAGAGAAAGUCUCGUGACGAUGACAAGAAAAAGGAGAAAAGUUCGUUGGGAUCCGCUAGGGACGAGAAGACCGACGACAGGGACAAGAAUGACAAAGAUCAUCACUACCGUGAUGAUCGAAGGGAUCGUAACCGGGACAGAGGUGACAGGGAUAGGCGCAGAGACAGGGACAGAGAUCGAGAUCGUAGACAUUCUAGGGACGACAGGUCGAAGGAUAGACAUCGGGACGAUAGAUCCAAUUAUCACAAAGAAAAGGAUCGUACUCGGUCAAGGUCACGGUCCAGGGACCGCGCACCGCCGCCUUUCCGUACGAUGAGUUACAGAGAGGAAAAGAGCAGGAAUAAAUUGGCCCAAUUAGAAAAAUUAGGAAUCGAAUUGAAAGCACCGGAAGGAGGGGACCCUCCCGCUCCUGGCAUUCAGAACGAACAGAAUUAUUAUAAUCCCUUGGCAACCGCAACGCAAGGGAAAUACGCUGAACAGAUACAGAAGAGGAAACUUUUGUGGGCGAAUAAGUCGAAACAAGACGACGGUAAAACAUCCACGGCAGCUUCAACUGCGAACACAUGGGUCGGUACAACGUUCACUCAUGACCAGGAUGGAAAAGUGACCGCAAAGUUCAAGCGAUUGAUGGGCAUUAAAGAUGAUUUACCGACUGCUGCGACCGCAGGCGCUAAGCCAGAUAUAUUAAAGAAACAGGAGGAAAUGUUUAACAAUAUGGAACAACAAUACGAAGUAGCACGUGCUACUACCCACACGCAGCGCGGUGUCGGACUAGGUUAUGCUACUGGCGGUUAUCAAUUCCCACGAUAAAGUACAAUGAAACUUUUCGUAUAAGUGGUCACUAUUAACAACGCCGAUAGCAGGUCCAACCGUAAACUUUUAUCGUUAGUUUUGCAGUCUUGUCAGGUCGAUUGCAAAACCAGAGUUUUGAUUUGAAAGUCGUGUUAUAAAUAGUGACUAUAUAGAGAUAAUUACUAGACUUACAAAAUAAGGGUCCGAAAGAUCUUGUUAGAGUUAUAUGUAAUUAUAUUGUAUACAUUGAAAAUAAAUUUGUUAAGACUCUGAAGAGAACUCGGUGCUCUCGACUUGACGACGAUAAUCCCUAAUUAGUUUCUGGUCUUGGGAAAGUGAAGGAGACGGUAAAUGUUUUUAUGACCCUAAUGUGCUUUGCAGCAUUAUUAAUAUAAUUUAAUUGUAUCUGUUCGCUGCAUGUACAAAUACAUACAAGAUACACUGACAAAGAUAUUUUUUUUUUAAAUAAACAUUAUCAAAUGAU